AACACUAAUAUAAAAUGCAAGAAUGGGUUGCUGCUCAAAUAGCGAUGAAGAAAGACCUGUUUUAAAUGUUCUGCAAAACGAAUUUCGGCGUGGACGUAAAGCCGAAGAUUAUCAAAAUCAUGAACUACUCAAGCAAAUUCUAAAACAUAUUUGUGCGACACUGUGCUUGUACAAGCCAUCUAGAUGGGGCUUGAUUCUGGGUAUCCUCCUAGCGUCCAUUUGUAUAUUUCAACUCGUUUACGACUUGGUUGUGGUAUGCGGUUGCCCAGGUUUUGACUGUGGAUUUCUUGAAAAGAAACUUAAAGGCGACAGAUCCAGCAACGCAAGCCUUGGUGCCCCAGAUCGAAAGACAUCGAAUGCCGUAUACACUCUAGCGUCUAUUGGUGGAUCGUUUUCGUAUACGUUGCUAUUAAAAUCGCUAUUGCUCAUGUAUCGCAGACGACGGCAAGGCAACGGACAAGCAAUCAGCCCGUCAGACGCUUUAUUUGAUGAUUUGUCUAACACUCAAGUGAAGUAUAUUUUCCUCUCUCAGAUUACAUUGGCGUCAUUGUUCGUAUCUGCCGUAGUGAUGUUUUACUAUUUAACACGGACACAACCCAGGGACGGAUGGUAUUACUACUUGAUGAUCUUCGGUGUAGCAGCACAGUUCAUGGCGCAAUGGGCAGCUAUUGUUGGAUGUCAUGCAUUUGCUAUUGCAUCCCUUGCUUUAGGAACGUUGGCGAACGAUACUGUGAGGAGGGUAAAAGAAAUAGGGAAAGAAAAGAAACAAGCGAGAGCAGACUAUGGAACUGAUAGUGUUGAAAAGGCUUCAACAUCCGAAGCGAGCAAAAGAGGGGUUGUAGUCGACACAAAAAUUGAUUCAAAGGCUAAAAGCGAAGGAAUAGAGAGUGAAAAGAAACAAGCAAGAGGGUCUGGUAGUCCUGUAGAGAACGAUGCGGACAAAACCAAAGUCGUUGUAGACCCAGCAAUUGUUGAAAAUGUUGCAGAAUCUACAAAUGACUUUGACAUCGCCUUUGAAUAUCACGAAGAGCUAUGUGUCAUCGUAUCUGAUACUGUCGAAGCGUACUGUCUUUGGUUUGUGAUGCACUGGCUUUGUUACGGAGCAACCUGCCUCAUUGGGGUCAUUUAUAUAUCCGAAGAACUAGCGUAUUCCAGUAAUCUCUUAAAACUUGCUUAUAUCAGCGUAUUUUUCGUUACGCAUUUGUAUUUGUUUCUGCUGCCAUGUGUAUGCGCAGCCUGCAUAACAGAUAUGUGUGGAGGAAUCUCUGCCCGUGUGAACAAAACUACAUCUAAAUACUGGCACGAAGAUCACCCAUUCAGGGACCGUGCCAAACUGACGAUGUUUACAACCUACGCAAAAGACAGACAGUGCGUGUUUAAAGUCGGUAGGCUAACAUUCACAUCGACACUGGCCUGGAUUUCACUUCUCCUUGGAUCGACUGGACUACUCUUCCACUUCUUUUAAAGACUAUUAAUUAGUCCGUGAAGUUGGUGGGUGUAUCGUAGCCCCCUGGGAAUUAUCGACGGUGUACAGGGUGUCUAAAAAAAACGCAACCACUUAAAUAUGCAAGACUAAUACAGCUCUAAAGUGCACC